CGAAACGCGAUUCUACUUACUCCUUGGUCAACUCAUACAUACUUCAUCACUUCUCACCCCCACUCUUCUAAUUUUCCCCUACGCCUCGUCCCUGACAGCGGCCCGCGAGCGGAUCUCAUGGAUGUCAAUCACCAUCACCUAGGGAACCUUACAGGAAUUAGCUUACACCGGAAGUAAUGAAACGGGCGAUAUUCGCAACUGUCGUGCUCGGAGCCGUUCUGGAACACCAACUCCAAGCAAAACUUGCUCCCAAAGCAUUUGAACCGCUUCCUUUGGGAACGAUUUGGCCCGCAGGAUGGCUGUAUGAUCAACUUCAGGUUCAAACAGAUGGUGUAGCUGGGCAUAUGCAUGAAUUCUACCCUUUAGUGGCGAACACAGACUGGACUGGGGGCGACUCUUACUAUUCUUACCUAGAAGAAGCGGGGAGCUACUGGUUCAACGCGAUGGUACCAAACGGCAUCCUCAUGAACCAUACUGUCAUUAAGAAGAAGUCGAGGGAAUUCCUUGAUUACGUCCUUGACAACCAAGACUUUACAGGAUGGUUGGGGCCAGAAGUAGGAACGGAAAAACCCCGAUAUCUGUGGGGAAGAUACCCGUUCUUCUUUGGCGCAAUUCAAAUGGUGGAAUAUCAUACCGAAUUAACAGACCGUGUAGUCACCGCCCUACACAAAUUUGUCAGACUGGCAAACACGAUGCUGAGGAAUGGAGAAGGAGUGGAUAAAUGGGCUGAAACGAGGUGGGAAGAUUUUGUGGUCACCUUACAAUGGCUCCACGACAAACAUCCGAGAGGCCAGGAAGACUUACUCGUCGAUACCAUGAGAAGGCUCAAGUGGAGCGGUACUCCUUGGGAGAAGGUUUUCUCACGAGAUCUAUUCCCGAAGGGGCCAGUUGAGCAAAUUCCAAAUCCAUUCGGAAAAGACCUAUAUUGGCAUGGAGUGAACAUGGCAGAAGGACUAAAAGCUCUACCUGCUACUUACAGAUUCACGCUCAACACAUCAGACCUCGAAGCCGCAACCCUUAGCUGGGAUCUCCUAUUCAAGUACCAUGGCCGACCAUCAGGUGCCUUUGGAGCGGACGAAUUAUUGUCCGGCUUGGAAGCUAAUCGUGGGUCGGAGUUAUGUCUCGUGGUGGAGGCCAUGUUUUCGGGUUCUUACCUCUAUCAGGUCAUAGGCGAUUUGAAGUUCGCUGAUCGAGUCGAGCGGAUGACUUACAAUGCAUUACCGGCGACCAUCACGUCCAACAUGUGGGGAAGACAGUACCUACAGCAACAAAACCAAGUCGCAGCAAAGAACAUGACCCCGAAUCCGUUUCCAGAAGACGGCCCUGAGUCCAACAUCUUCGGCCUCGAGCCAAAUUACCCUUGUUGCACGGUGAAUUUUCCACAAGGAUGGCCCAAGUUCAUCACAAACGCGUUCCUCGCCACUCCCGACAAGAAGUCACUCGUGCAUCUAUAUUUAGGGCCAUUUAGUGCUCGGUUAAUGCUGGCGGAUGAUAAUGCCGUUUCAGUAUCCGUGGAAACCCUCUACCCAUUUGGUGAUAUCCUCAACUACCAAAUCCGCGCAGAGAAAGACUUUACUUUUUACGUCCGCAUUCCAAGUUGGGUCUCUGGAGGUUCGCUUUCAGUGAAUGGGGAUGCCAAACAAAGAUUCUCACCGAAUGAGAAUGGGUUGCAGAAGGUCGACCUAAAGAAAGGAGCGACGACGUUGGUAUUGGAGGUUCCUGCUGAGAUCACUGUUGGUAUGUACCCACGUCUCUCUUCCUCUCCCAAUGUUGUGGUUGAUUGCCAGAUGGCAGAAUAUCGCCCACACGGAUCCGUUGCCCUCCAUCGUGGUCCUCUGAACUACGCUUUUGACAUCGCGCGCACCGAAAAAGUUCUCAAGGUCAAUCCUGACGAGCCUUAUGCGGUUGAUCUAGAAUAUGACCCAGCCGGCGUGUGGGAAUAUGCUAUUGACCCGAGUCAACUGAGUUUCCACUAUAAUCCUCCUGAGGGCAACGUGCUUCCAUCCCCAGUUUUCGAUUCUGGAAAGACACCUAUGUCGAUUACUGCUACUGCCUGUCAUAUUGAGUGGCCAUUGGGAGGAGACAUGUUCACUUCAAACCCGCCAAAAAAUCCGGAGUGUAUUGGAGAGAAUACGGUGAUCACGCUUGAGCCAUUAGGGGCAACGAAGUUGAGGAUUAGUGAGUUUCCGGUGUUCAAUGCAUCGAAGAACGGGGUUGAAGGGGCGACGAAUUCGAGAGCGCAAGUUCCGUUGAAGUUAUGAACCUCAAAAGCAACUGGGACGGUGUCUUUUUCUGGAUCAAUAUACAAUGGCAAAUGUUGAAGCAUUCGUAAAAAUUUCACGGACGUGAUCUAAUGGAAGCUCUCAG